AUGAAUAUCAACAAUGAAAAACACCUUGCUGGUCAGGUGUCCAAUAUUCGAAGUGUAUCAACCCAUUUGAGUGUUCAAGAUCAUGAAGUAGAUCUUCAAGCUAUGUAUUCAAAUCCAUUGUCUAUUGGAGAAGUAGGAACAACUUUAACAGAUACUCAAAAGAAUAUUAUUUUACAUAAAUUGCAAUUUGAUCAUUUAACAUCAUAUGAGAAAUUACCUCCACAAGCUCAAUUUAUAAUUGAAAAAGUAGAACAAAUGCCACUGGAAGAAGCUGUUGAAAUUUUAAAAGCUGCUUAUAUUAAACAUGAACAUGAUGUUAAUAUGGAAGGUCUGGAUUUGGAACUUUGGAAAAAGCUUUUAGACAACUCAUCAGAGACUGAUUUUUCAUUCGUUCCUUCUAAAAUUCAUGAAAAAUUAGCUGCAAACAUUGACGUUAAACAAGUUAAUGACGAUGACUCCACUUCGGAUGAGGAAUUAGGCUCAGUAAAUGGGUCUGAAGUUAAAGACUGGGCUUUACAAGUUAGAUUGGAAGCUGUUUUAGUUGCUUAUUGGUCACCAUAUUUUAUUGUCAGAUCAGUUUGUGAUCCAUACGACGAUCCUACAAUUCCUUGUGAAACUUUAAGAGUGUACAUAAUUUCAAUUAUAUGGGUUGCAAUACAGUCAGUCAUUAAUGAAUUCUUUUCUCAAAGACUUCCUAGCAUAAGCUUAAGUUCUGCUGCCGUUCAAGUAUUUUUGUAUCCUUCAGGUGUUUUAUUCGAAAAGAUUUUGCCAAAAUGGAAAUUCAAAAUUUGGAAAUAUGAAUUUGAUUUGAAUCCUGGUCCUUAUAAUUUCAAAGAACAAAUGUUAGCAUCAUGUUUUACAUCUGUUGCAGGAGGUACAGUUUAUGUUACUUAUAACGUUUUAAUGCAAAAAAUGGAUAUUUAUUAUGGAAAUAAAUGGGUUGAUGUUGGUUAUCAAGUACUUUUAAUGUUGUCAACUCAAUUCAUGGGAUUUGGGUAUGUAUCAAUCUUAAACAUAUUAUUUAUAUCAUACUAACAAAGAGUAGUUUUUCUGGUCUUUUAAGAAAAUUUGCAGUAUAUCCAACUGAUGCAGUUUGGCCAUCUAUAUUACCAACAAUUAGAUUAAAUAAAACAUUGAUGACUCCUGAACGUCCUUCAAUAAUUAAUGGCUGGAAAAUAUCAUCAUAUAACUUUUUCUUCGUCAGCUUUGCUGCUGCAUUUGCAUAUCUUUGGUUACCAAGUUAUUUAUUUGCAGCAUUGUCUAAUUUUAAUUGGAUGACUUGGAUUAAACCUGACAAUUUGGAUUUGACAGUUAUAACUGGUUAUAAUUAUGGUUUAGGAUUCAAUCCAUUUCCUACAUUUGAUUGGACUGUUAUCGGUCUGGGGAAUUUGUAUCAACCUUUUUUCACUACACUUUCAAGUUAUAUCGGAAGUAUUAUUAGUUUUUUCAUAAUUGUUGGUAUUUACUACUCAAACUAUAAGUGGACAAAAUAUAUUCCUAUAAACUCGAACAAAUUAUUUACUAAUGAAGGACAAACAUAUCAUGUUAGUCAAGUUGUGGAUGAAAAUAGUAUGUUUGAUGAAAAGAAGUAUGAACAAAUUGGUCCACCAUUCUAUUCUGCUGCAAAUUUAGUUCAAUAUGGUGCUUUUUUUGCUAUUUAUCCUUUUCAUUUUGUUUAUGAAAUUGCAACAAAUUAUAAAGCAUACGGAGUUGCAUUCAAGUCCUUCUAUUUACAAUUUAAAGAUUUCAAAAGAAGUACUUAUGAAGGUUCUGAUGAUCCACAUGUAACAAUGAUGAAAGCUUAUCCAGAGGUGCCGGAAUGGAUUUAUUUAACGGUUUUAGUAUUGUCAAUUGUGUUUGCUAUAUUAUGUGUCAAGAUAUAUCCUGCAGAGGUAUGUUCUCAAUUUUGGAAAAUCAUAAGUAGUACUAACCUCAAUUUUAGACUCCAGUUUGGAGUAUCUUCUUCGUUGUUGGUUUAAAUUUUGUUUUUUUGAUUCCACUUGUUUCAGUUUCAGCAAGAACUAUGUUCUCAUUGGCUUUGAAUGUUUUAGUUGAAUUAAUCAUAGGUUAUGCAAUACCAGGUAAUGGAUUAGCAUUGGCAUUUAUUAAAGCCCUUGGAACACAAACCGAUAGUCAAGCUUUUAAUUGGGUCAAUUCAUUGAAAAUUGCACAAUAUUCAAAAGUUCCACCUAGAGCACUUUUCAGAUGUCAAAUGCUUUCAACUUUAAUAUCAUUGUUUAUUCAAUUAGGUAUCUUGAAUUUUCAAAUUAGUUCUGUGAAAGAUUUUUGUCUACCAACCAAUGAAGCUAAAUUAUACUGUGCAUCUGCUACAACAUUUUAUACUGCUUCUGUACAAUGGGGGGUUAUCGGACCUAAAAAGAUCUUUGACGGGUUAUACCCAAUAUUUGCAUGUAUUGCUCAACUGUUAAAUGAUUGUUUAAUACUAACUUUUUGAUAGAAAUACUGUUUUCUUAUUGGAUUUUUGCUUGCAAUUCCAUGCGCUGCUUUCAAAAUUUACGGUCCAAAGAAAUUGACAAGAAAGUUUGAACCUUCCAUCAUUAUAGGUGGAUUCUUGAUCUGGGCUCCGACUAAUUUGGCUUAUGUCACUGGUGGUCUUUAUGUUGGUUAUGCAUUUAUGCAUUAUAUUAGAAAAAGAUUUCGAGCUUGGUGGGCUAAAUAUAAUUACAUUUUUGCAAGUGCAAUUGGUGCUGGAAAUGCUUUCAGUGCAAUAAUCAUAUUUUUUGCAGUUCAAUAUCAUCCCAAAGAUAUUUCAUGGUGGGGCAAUACUGUUAGUUAUGGAGGUUAUGAAGGUUUUCCGGCUGCUCAUUUGAAUGCUACACUUCAAGCUCCAGAUGGUUAUUUUGGUCCAAGAAAAGGUCAUUUUCCAUAG